UUUUGUACAAUGGGUGAGUGGGUUUUCAAUGAAUGGGAUAUCUUUACUGGUUGAAGUAAAGGCAUGUUUACUCAAGAAUGUUGAAAAUGAAAGUUUUAAUUUCUAUCUCCCUCCCUCAGCGGGCUACUCUAAAGAGGAGCGUUUUGCGGGCCAUCCGACCCACAGGAUCAGGGGUGUGUAUGAGCUACUAAAGGGGAAGGCUUCCAUGGGCUUCCAUGCUGGCUGGGAAAGACCACACUGGUUCUAUAAGCCUGGAUACAUUGCAGGAUACAAGCCGAGUUUCGGGUGUACCAACUGGUUCGGUCCAGUGGGGAGGGAGUCUAACCUGGUGAUGGAGAAGGUUGAGGUCGUGGACCUUACACCCUUCGGCAAGUUCAUGGUUGAAGGGAAGGACUCCCAGAAACAACUGGACAGACUGUUCGCUAACACUAUGCCCAAGGUGGGCCUAAUUAACAUCAGCCAUAUGUCGACCCCCACUCGGAGAGUCUACACUGAGGUCACCAUUACCCAGCUUGCACCUGGAGAGUUCCUCCUCAUCACAGGACCGGAUCAGAACUGCACGACCUCAGGUGAGUUGGGCUGGGAGCUGUAUCUACCUCAGAAGGACAUGGCAGCGGUGUACCAGGCUAUCAUGGAAGCAAGACAGGAUGAGGGCAUCGACAACUUUGGUACCUACGCCAUGUCAUCACUAUGACUGGAGAAGGGUUCAGAGGCUGGGGCGCAGAGCCUGCAGACUUCAUCGGUAAGACAGCACUGCAGGAGAUCAAAGCUAAAGGUCUGAAGAGGAAGCUGUCGACGGGACCAUCUCAACGGCAAGGUGGUUGGCAACACUACAUCAGGGGCCUACAGCUACACAACCCAGAGGAGCCUGGCAUUUGCCUAUCUGCCAGUGGAGCUGUGUUCUGUGGGGCAGAGGGUGGAGGUGUUGGGGAGGAAAUACCCUGCCAUGGUAGUCUAGGAGCCACUGGUCCUCACUUAACCCACCAGGAACCAGCUGCAGCAGAAGGCUAGAGCAAGGCCUACACACCGGGGACGGACGGAGAACCCAGCUUAGAACCAGAGUACCAGAGCUGGAACCAAAUAGGAUCCUGGAUCCUUUUUUCUUUCAAGUAUUUACAGAAGGGUGUGCUUUAUUUAGCUACCUUCUGGUGCUAACUACGACCCAGGUCCAUUUAGAAUCUCCAAACAGAAGAACUGACACCAACCACUCACACUGUGAUGUGAACUAUGCUGGUUGACAGUGUUACUGUUAUGAUUAUGGUGACUUAUGAUGAAAACAACUGACAUGUGAUGAACAAUACUCAAAUGACACCCUAUACCCUGUGUGGCCCAAAGUAGUGCACACUAUACAGGGAAUAUGGUAUAAUUUGAGAUGGAGACUUUGACAGUGAUGUAAAAAUAAAAUAAAAAAUGACUUCCUCUUUCCUAUUUGGUCACCUGGUUAGGAAGAAGCAGGAACAACUAAAGUAACCCAGAAUGUGCAUAAGAGCUCAACUCUAGGUUCCAAUGUCCAUACUAGCAUGGACAGAUUGUUUGGUUGGAGUCUUGAAACCAUCCAACCCAUAACUGCUUAGCAACAGAGACAAUCAUUACCGAUAGGUGGCAUUUUAAUCUCUCAGUAUUGCGGUGUUAUGUGUUUUUAUAUGAAGGAAUUAAAUGGCUUUUUAAUUACAGGUGUUAAUGGUUAUGGGGUUGAAAAUCAGAGACUAAGUAGAAGUGUUAUUGCAGCUGUCUUAUCGCAACAAGAACCGGCCAAAUAAAUGCUGUCUACUGUAGUCGUUUUGUACAUUAUAUAGAAGAGACAGUGAACUUUUAUAAUGCUUUGCACAAACCUCCGUCUUAAAACCAAGGCGGGCAUAUGGUAGACGUAAUAACCUUAGCACAAGGUAGGACAAGCUAACUACUAACGGACAGUGAUAACCAAAAGGAACAGUAUUUUAAGAACACUAUGUAAAAUAAAUUGUGAUUAAUGUGUUUACAUUAUUUUGUC